AUGGAACCCGUGACCAAGUGGAGCCCCAGACAAGUGGUGGACUGGACUAGAGGGCUAGAUGACUGCCUGCAGCAGUACGUCCACAAGUUUGAACGAGAGAAGAUUAACGGAGAGCAGCUGCUACAGAUUUCCCACCAGGAUCUUGAGGAGCUGGGUGUCACACGCAUUGGACACCAGGAACUUGUGUUGGAGGCUGUCGACCUUCUCUGUGCACUGAAUUAUGGCCUUGAAACUGACAAUAUGAAGAACUUGGUUUUGAAACUGCGAGCGUCCUCCCAUAAUUUACAGAAUUACAUAAGUAGCAGGAAGAAAAGUCCAGCUUAUGAUGGGAACACCUCUCACAAGCCCCCCAAUGAGUUCCUGACUUCUGUAGUGGAGCUCAUAGGUGCUGCCAAGGCCUUGUUAGCUUGGCUAGACAGGGCUCCAUUUACAGGGAUCACUGAUUUCUCAGUGACGAAGAAUAAAAUUAUUCAGCUUUGCUUGGACCUGACCACUACAGUCCAGAAGGAUUGCCUUGUAGCGGAAAUGGAGGAUAAAGUUUUGGCUGUAGUCAAGGUUUUAAAUGGCAUCUGCGACAAGACCAUCCGAUCUACCACGGAUCCUGUAAUGAGCCAGUGUGCGUGUCUGGAAGAAGUUCACCUACCAAACAUUAAACCUGGGGAAGGUUUGGGUAUGUACAUCAAAUCGACCUAUGAUGGAUUGCACGUGAUUACUGGAACCACAGAAAAUUCUCCUGCAGACAGAUCUCAGAAGAUUCAUGCUGGAGAUGAAGUUAUUCAGGUUAAUCGGCAAACUGUGGUGGGAUGGCAGCUAAAAAAUCUGGUGAGAAAGUUGAGAGAGAACCCUACAGGAGUUGUGUUACUGCUGAAGAAGCGCCCCACGAGUUCCUUCAACUUCACUCCUGCCCCCCUGAAAAACCUACGGUGGAAGCCGCCCCUGGUGCAGACCUCGCCUCCCACCACGACCACCCAGUCCCCGGACAGCACGAUGGAUGCCUCGCUGAAGAAGGAGAAGCCGGCCAUCCUGGAUCUUUAUAUUCCUCCUCCACCAACUGUCCCCUACUCGCCGCGGGGAGAGAAUGGGGGUUCUGUUUACGGACUCAGCAAAUGUAAACAGCCACAGCCUGGUCCGAAGGGCUCCGAGUCCCCCAACUCCGUCCUGGACCAGGAAAGCCAGAGACGGAGAUUCACCAUCGCAGAUUCUGAUCAGCUGCCUGGCUAUUCAGUGGAAACCAAUAUUCUGCCCGCGAAAAUGAGAGAGAAAACGCCAUCUUACGGCAAGCCCCGGCCUUUGUCGAUGCCUGCGGAUGCGAGCUGGAUGGGCAUUGUGGACCCUUUUGCUAGACCUCGAGGUCAUGGGAGGAAAAGUGAGGAUGCCCUCUGCCGGUAUUUCAGUAACGAGCGUAUCCCUCCCAUCCUCGAAGAAAGCUCCUCGCCCACGUACCGCUUCUCAAGGCCCGCGACCGAGAGGCAGCUGGUCCGAGGUGCAGACUACAUUCGAGGCAGCAGGUGUUACGUCAGUUCAGAUCUCCAUAGCAGCGCCACGAUUCCAUUCCCGGAAGAAGGGACCAAAAAGAAAGCCGGCUCCUCGGCCGCCAAGUCCUCGUCUCCAGAACCGUCCCUGCUGGAAGCUGGGCAGACCACAGGAAACUGGCUGGAAAAAAAAAAGCUUUACUUAAUUAAAAGCAAGAAUAAAACAACCCAAAGACAAUGGAAAAUCUCACACAUAAGGUCUUUCCCUUUCACUCUGUCUUAUAAAUCAGGAUACGACGUUACCUACUUUUUCAUGUACUCGUUUGCAGGUUUCUUCAGCAUGAGUCGAAGGAGGAUAUCGUGUAAAGACCUGGGACAUGCUGACUGCCAAGGGUGGCUCUAUAAGAAAAAGGAGAAAGGAACUUUCCUAGGCAACAAAUGGAAAAAGUUCUGGGUGGUCCUGAAGGGAUCGUCACUGUACUGGUACAGCAAUCAGCUGGCAGAAAAAGCCGACGGAUUUGUUAACCUGCCUGAUUUCACUGUAGAGAAAGCGUCUGAAUGCAAGAAAAAGCAUGCUUUUAAGAUCAGUCAUCCACAGAUCAAGACCUUUUAUUUUGCUGCUGAGAAUGUGCAGGAGAUGAACCUGUAA